AUGUCAAACAUGAGGAGAUGCUUGGAGAGGCAAGACCGAGAAAUAAAAGAAAGAAGGCGUAGACGAGCUGAAGAAAAAAGAGUGCAGCAAGAAGAUGAAGUUGUUGCCAUUGCAAUGGGUUUGCUCGAGCAAUCAACCCAAGGUGGACACCAUAACUUGCGCCCCAAGUUACUGAUUUCUAAACAAGCGAUUGUGAAUUUGGGUGAGGAAUAUCUCCCAAGCAGAACUGCCUUUUACAAAACUAGAAGGAAAAAUCAAUUCAAGAAAGACAAAAAGAAGGCCGGAAUUCCAUUUCUGCCUGGAUAG